UGGAACAUGGCUUUCCCGACACCGAAAUUAUCCCGCUCUGUCCUUCGAUAAAUCGAUCUACAUAUUGCCGGCGGUGCGGCGGCGCAUAAGAUACUCUUCAGAUCAUGUCUGCUAUGGCAUCCGACACCUUCCUCCAGCGAGUCUCGAUCCGCCCAGCGCAUAAAAGCGAUCUCACCGCUAUUGUAGCGCUCCUUCUCACGUCUUUCCGACAGUUUCCACUCUUUGACUUCUUAUAUUCACCACUGAACAGAAAUUUUGAUGUCGCACACGAUACAGUAUUCUUCUGGCGUCGAAGGCUGCUGCUCGAUUUGUUGGAUCCAGAGGCUUCGGUGAUAGUGGCCGAAGCGCCCCUCAACAGCCUGGUUUCAGUUCUUGGAGGGGAGCCCGACGAUCAAAAUGACCCCAUUUAUCAGAAGUCAGUAGCAGCUCUGGAUUGGACAGAGCGGAAUGGAUUGCCAGCUCGUUCGACAUUGAGCCAGGACAACUGCAUUGUGGGAUUUGCCAUCUGGAGGUUUCGGAAGGGAGGAAAUAGCGAUUCUCAACCUAUGAAAGCCAGGCAUUCACCGUCUUGUUGCAACUCUCUCAAAGCUUCGAUGACCAAUUUCGAAGUCUCCUUCUGGAAAAGGGUAUAUCAACGGAAGGAUCAGGAGCCAACACGAUUUGCGGCGUACUUAGCUGCGGAAGAGGAAUUGUCCAAGACCCACUAUCAAGAGUCUUGUUAUUACCUCGACAAUCUAUGCGUUGAUUUUCGUUAUCAUCGCCUGGGAAUAGGGACCCUUUUGCUCAAAUGGGGUUUGGAGGUGGCUCAAAAACACAAGCUUUGGGUCGGUACGGAAGCAGCCCCGAAAGGCUUGGGGCUGUACCUUAAACACGGAUUUAAGCAAGUUGGUUGGUUCAUAGUUGUCGUACAUGAUGUGGAGCAUCGUGCACCAGUCUUGAGGUUGUCGGAUUACUCUCUUGCUUGAAGCGUGAAAGGUUACCGCCGAGGAAAAGUCUACCUCACCGACAAAUAGGCAAAAGAACUUUGACCAAAUGUCACCUCACUUUCCUUCAUGAUUCCUGCAACGGAAUCAUGCUUCUUUAGAAGGCCCUUAAUUUGACCUUCCCACUUGCACGCUGCCUUAGCGAGC